UGUUCAUCUUUGAAGCGUGGAUACGCUUCAAAGAUCCCCCUAAUGUUUGUUUGUUUUGUUGUUUACUUUUAUGUCCCCUAACUCAGAAAAGUGUUGAGAAGCUUUCUUCUCCUUCAAAGUAAAAGUGUUUCCUUAGCUUAUUUUUUUCCAGUUGUAUUUUGAUACUUUGAGAGUCCCAGGAUUUCAUCACAAAUGAUACCAAGUACAGCAGUACUUUGUACCCCUGAAGUCAUUCUUUAGUUUCACUAUUCAGCCCUCAGUCAGAACAGGGACCUGGUGGUUUAUAUCUUUAUAUGGACUUCAUUAAAGUCUUAUCUCAUCACUUCAUCAGUUAUGGUUAUUUGCCCUGACGGAGGCCUUAGGAACAUAAAGCAUCUAGACGUGGUUAGCCUUUGUUCAAAGUCUCCUUCCUCAUUUGAUCUGUCUUCACUGAGGAGCCCAGCAGCUCAAUCUUUAAUCUCCGGACCUUUUGUAACAUGUUAAUGCUUUGUCUCGCUUCUAAACAAGAUUUUGGCUUUUCUUGCAUUUGUGCUUCUAUAUUUCCAUACAACACGGACAGCACACGUUUCAUCACGGAGAAGCUAAGGUCUCCAGUCUACCAUGGAUGAGGAGAGAGAGGAAGGGGGUCCUCUCUCUAAAACCACUCUGUCUGGGGAACAUGGCCACCAGAGCAAAGCUAAGAGGCCAGAGCAACAGGAGAGGGCAGACUCCCCUGGACCCAGCUGUGUCUCCAUGAAGAGUGACUGGUCUAUGAGUCAACCUCCUGACCUUAAAGAUGAACGCCCCUCAAAUGAGGAAGGAAGGAGCCAGCAGAGAGCAGACUCCCCUGGACCCAGCUGUGUCUCCAUGAAGAGUGACUGGUCUAUGGGACAUCCUCCUGACCUUAAAGAUGGACGCCCCUCCAGAGACGAGAGCCCAGGGCAGCAGGAGAGAGCAGACUCCCCUGGACUCAGCUGUGCCUCCAUGAAGAGUGACUGGUCUAUGGGACAUCCUCCUGACCUUAAAGAUGGACGCCCCUCCAGAGAGGAGAGGCGACCCCAGGAGAGGUCAGACGUUACCAGUACUCAGUACUCAGAGCUGAUCAAGGGGGCUGAGGAGAACGCACAUGCUUUUUUAGCCAAGGAGCUGAAGAAGCUCUGGAGGGAUCUCUUCUCAGAUUUCCAACAAUACUCAGAGAGUCAGAGGAAAGAGGAGGAGGAGGCUGGUAAGAAUGAGGAGCAGAGGAGGCGUGCCAUAAAGGGAGUGGUAGACAUCACAAAGCUCUGCCUGAUGGAGAUGAACCAGGAGGAACUCGCCUGCAGGCUCGAGAGUGGAGCUGUUGCUGUCCAGUGGCAACAUGAACUCAAGGAUCAUCUGAAAAAGAAGUUACACUGUGUGUUUGAGGGAAUCGCUAGAGCAGGAGAGCAGAGACCUCUGAAUGAGAUCUACACAGAGCUCUUCAUCACAGAGAGAGGCAGUGGAGAGGUCAACAAGGAACAUGAGGUCAGACUGAUUGAAAAGGCGUCCAGGAAGCCAGCCAAUGAGGAAACACCAAUCAGAUGUGAAGAAAUAUUUAAACCCUUACCUACGCAAGAUAAACCAAUCAGAAUAAUAAUGACAACCGGAGUGGCCGGUGUUGGUAAAACCGUGUUAACACACAAGUUCACUCUGGACUGGGCUGAAGGCAAAUUCAACCAAGACAUAGACUUCACAUUUCUCCUCACUUUCAGAGAGCUAAAUUUACUGAAAGGGAAAGAGUUUAGCCUAAUGGAUCUUCUUCAUCAGUUUUCUGUUGAAAACAAAGAAGCAGGAAUCUACAGAUACGAACAUCACCAAGUAGUCUUCAUCUUGGAUGGUCUGGAUGAGUGUAGACUUGCUCUGGACUUCCAGAACAACCCCAUCUGGACUGAUGUCACCGAGCCGACCUCAGUGGACGUGCUGCUGACAAACAUCAUCAGGGGAGUCCUGCUUCCCUCCGCUCGCAUCUGGAUAACCACACGCCCUGCGGCAGCCAAUCAGAUCCCUGCUGAGUGUGUCGACAUGCUGACAGAGGUGAGAGGGUUCAAUGACCCACAGAAGGAGGAGUACUUCAGGAAGAGAUUCAGAGAGGGUACACUGGCCAGCACAAUCAUUUCUCACGUCAAGAAAUCUCGAAGCCUCCACAUCAUGUGUCACAUCCCAGUCUUCUGUUGGAUCACUGCAACAGUUCUGGAGGACUUCUUCAAAACAUCCCAGGGAGGAGAAGAGGUGCCCAAGACCGUGACUCAGAUGUACAGCCACUUCCUGAGGGUUCAGUCCAUACAGGCGGACAGGAAGUAUCGUGGGAGAGCUGAAACAGAUCAACACUGGAGUUCAGAGAGCACAGAGAACAUUACUUCUCUGGGGAAACUGGCAUUUAACCAGCUGGAGAAAGGCAACCUGAUCUUCUACGAGGCAGAUUUGAAAGAGUGUGGCAUAGAUAUCAUGGCAGCCUCAGUGUACUCAGGAGUGUUCACCCAGGUCUUUAAAGAGGAGUGUGGGCUGUACCAGGACAUGGUGUUCUGCUUUGUCCAUCUGAGCAUCCAGGAGUUUCUGGCAGCCCUUUAUGUCUUUCUGUCCUACAUCAACACUGGUGUCAAUUACAUAUCAAAAGAACAGCCAACUCCCAGGGAAGAUGAAUUCCUCCUCCUCUACCAGAGUGCUGUAGACAAGGCCUUACAGAGUGAGAACGGACACCUGGACUUGUUCCUCCGCUUCCUCCUGGGCCUCUCUCUAGAGACCAAUCUAAUACCCCUACAAGAUCUGCUGGGACCAAGAGGGAAUACAUUACUGGGCAAUCUAACUAAAAAAGUUCUGCUGGGAAAGACAGGAAGAAGGUCACGGAUCAAUACCCAAAUAGUCCAUUACAUCAAGGAGAAGUUAGAGGGAGAUCUCUCUCAAGAGAGAAGCAUCAAUCUGUUCCACUGUCUAAAUGAGCUGAACGACCGUUCUCUAGUGGAGGACAUCCAAAAGUACCUGACAUCAGGAAGUAUCUCCACAGAAGCUCUCUCCUCUACUCAGUGGUCAGCUCUGGUCUUCAUCUUACUGACAUCAGAAGAGGAUUUGGACAUGUUUUACCUGAAGAAAUACUCUGCUUCUGAGGAGGGUCUUCUGGGGCUGCUGCCAGUGAUCAAAGCCUCCAAAACAUCUCUGCUGAAUGGCUGUAAGCUGUCAGAGAGAUGCUGUGAAGCUCUUGCCUCAGUUCUCAGCUCCAACUCUUCUAGUCUGAGAGAGCUGGACCUGAGUUCCAAUGAUCUGCAGGAUUCAGGAGUGAAGCUGCUCUCUGCUGGACUGGGGAAUCCACACUGUGCACUGGAAACUCUCAGGCUGAAUGGCUGUGGUCUGUCAGAGAGAUGCUGUGAAGCUCUGGCCUCAGCUCUCAGCUCCAACUCCUCCAGUCUGAGAGAGCUGGACCUGAGUACCAAUGAUCUGCAGGAUUCAGGAGUGAAGCUGCUCUCUGCUGGACUGGGGAGUCCACAUUGUACACUGGAAACUCUCAGGCUGAAUGGCUGUCAGCUGUCAGAGAGAUGCUGUGAAGCUCUGGCCUCAGUUCUCAGCUCCAACUCCUCUCUUCUGAGAAAGCUGGACCUGAGUACCAAUGAUCUGAUGGAUUCAGGAGUGAAGCUGCUCUCUGCUGGACUGGGGAGUCCACACUGUACACUGGAAACUCUCAGGUUAUCUGGCUGCUUGAUCACACAGGAAGGCUUUGCUUCUCUGGCCUCGGCUUUGAGCUCCAACCCCUCCCAUCUGAGAGAGCUGGACCUGAGCUACAAUCACCCAGGAGACUCAGGAGCUAUGCUGCUCUCUACUCGACUGGAGGAUCCACUCUGGAGACUGGACACUCUCAGUGUGGAGCACGGUGGAUUGUGGAGGCUGAAACCAGCUCUAAAGAAGUAUGCCUGUGAACUCACACUGGACCCAAACACAGCCAACAUACGACUCUCUCUGUCUGAGGACAACAGAAACGUGACACGGUUUGAAGAGAACCAGUCGUAUCCGGAUCAUCCAGAGAGAUUUGACUCCUGCCCCCAGGUGUUGUGCAGAGAGGAUCUGACUGGCCACUGUUACUGGGAGGUAGAGUGGGAAGGAGAGGUAUGUAUAGGAGUGGCUUACAGAGGAAUCUCAAGGAGAGGAGGGGGUGAUAAAAGCGGGCUUGGAUGGAACAACAAGUCCUGGAUUCUUGAUUUUCGUGAAGGUCGCGAAGGUGCCCGACACAACGGUAGUCAAACAGCCAUACGUCUCCCCCCCGCUGGCUCUAACAGAGUAGGAGUGUAUCUGGACCGGCCCGCUGGCACGCUGUCCUUCUACAGAGUGUCCCCAGGUGGAGGAGGGUCCUUCGACACACUGACACACAUUCACACCUUCCAGUCCACCUUCACCCAGGAGGUCCUUCUCCCCGGGUUUCUGUUAAAUAAGACUGGUGCCUCAGUGUCUCUGUGUCCAUUGUAGCAACACACACAAACAAACAGACAGACCCAUAGAAAGACGCACACAAACAUAUGUACACAGACAUGAACAAAAACACUCAUCGUUCAAUAAUCUAUGAAUACAUAUACAUGCACACACGUACACAGACAUAAAAACACCCAAACUUACAAACAAAUAUUUACAUUAACACACACAGCCAAACACACCCAUACACACAAAAAUCGUUCAUGAAUCUAUAUACACACGCACAUAUCUACACAUACAUAAACACACACACAUCAUUCAUGAAUAUAUAAACACACACAUAAAAACACAUGCACACACACGUCUACAGACACAUUUUCACAGGCAUACACUCACACACACAUCGUUCAUGAAUGCAAACACAGAUCAGGUGGGUUUUGCCGGUGAGAAGCUGUAGGUAACAUCAGUGUCUCUCGUGGUUCAUCUCUCAGCCCUCUCUGUGUUCAGAUGGGCUGCUGAGCUUCAGAUUAGAGGGGGCCGCUUGGGUCUGGGGGGUCCUCACAGCCCUGACGUUGUUGAGGACCAGCUGUUAGGGGGACGUUUGAAUACAUGUUGACCAAUGGACGUACCUGUAGCGCAUGGAAAACACAAUACUUUGUGAUUGAUUUAAAUGCUGAACUGUACUCCAAAUUCUUAAAUUUAUUGGGCUUCUGAAAGGUUCAGCAUGAUAAACCAUGAAAGGAAGAUCUUCCUUUGGGUUAAGCAGGUUGUACAAGAUUUACUUUCUAAUGUCAAAAUGUGUUUUAAAUGUUGAUUGAUGGUACAUUAUUUUACUACAAUAUUUUUUAUAUUUAAACAUUGUCAAAAAGGUUUUUUAUUUUGCCAUGCCUGACAUGG